CGUAGAUUAGAGGUUCGGCAGAUGUCGGACGAGGGAGUCGUAGAGCGAACGGCGCGGUCCGCGCGCCGCUCGCGCCCCUUAUCUUAUCAGCUACAGCCCUUAUCAAGUGUUCAUCGCGAAACUGAUCGCUUUACGCCAGUUGACUCAACGUGCAAAUAGUGAUUGAGGUUCGAUUAAACGAUCAUGUUUUGGAGAUUUUUCGUGAUCACACUGUUUAAUUUGUGCAUAAUUUCCAUUGUUGGAUAUGUGGACGGUCAAGUGCAACAACAACUGUUAAACAAACUGGCAUGCAUCGAGCACGAGGAAUGCGGAGCUUGCUUGUCGGCCGCCUCGCACUGUCGCUGGUGUGCGGACCCCUACUACAGCUCCAGUGUGCCGCGGUGCAACGAUGACGAGACUUUAGUCGCGGAUGGAUGCGCUCAAAAUAUGAUCCAGCGUCCGUACAAGCCGAUAUGGGACGUCGCUGAGAACCACACUCUCCAAGACAUGGCCCCAGACAGCCACGAGGCAGUUGUGCAAAUACAGCCGCAGAAAAUUACGUUCUCGUUGAAACCACGUGAAUCAAAGAAAAUCAAGUUUUCGUACAGACCUGCAAAGAAUUACCCGUUGGAUUUGUACUAUUUGAUGGAUCUCACUUGGUCUAUGAAGGAUGACAAAGAGACCCUAGUUUCACUGAGAGACGACCUUCCAAGCUUGCUAAAGAAUCUUACCGAUAAUUUUAGGUUAGGUUUCGGCAGUUUCGCGGAUAAACCAAUCAUGCCAUUCACAAGUGUUGAUCCUCGGCGAUUGGCGAACCCUUGCGCUGUGGAGGAAGAGGCCUGCGAAGCCACUUACAGCUACAAACACCAUUUGUCGCUAACCAAUCAGGUAAAUGAAUUUAUAAAAAAAGUGAACAGUAGUUCAGUGACAGCGAACCUCGACAACGCAGAGGCGCAGUUAGACGCGCUCGUCCAAGCUAUCACGUGUGACAAGGAGGUGGGCUGGUCACCUCAUAGCCGGAAAAUUAUCAUACUGCUGUCUGAUGGAUUGCUGCAUACCGCGGGAGACGGGAAAUUAGGUGGUGCCUCGAUGAAAAAUGACGAGAAUUGUCAUCUAGAUAAAAACGGCUACUAUUCCGAAGCCGGUAUCUACGACUACCCGUCCAUAGCACAAGUGUACAGACUCUUAGAUAAGUACAAGGUUAACGUAAUUUUCGCUGUCACGGAAAAUGUUAAGAGCCAUUACGAUAGUUUACACGAACUGUUGAUAGACUUCACAUACGUCGCUAAAUUGGAGAGCGACAGUUCAAACAUACUGAAGCUAGUCAAGAUGGGAUAUGAAGACAUCGUGAGCGUUGUCAAUUUCGAAGACGACGCGACAGCCGGCCCUAUAAAGGUUAAAUAUUUCACCGAUUGCGGAGUGAAAGGAGGUUCAAUGGUUGAGGCAACACGUUGCACCGGCGUCGAGUAUGGCAUGACGCUUAAUUACGAAGCGCAUGUCAGUUUGGAAUCUUGUCCGGAAUACAAAAAGUCGCAUCACACGAUCACUAUAUCGGAAAGCCAACUGGGUCAAGACUCGCUGACCCUGGAGGUGGAAGUUCACUGCGGAUGUGAGUGCGAGGGUAACGUGCAGCAAGGCAUGGUACUGUGCCCGGCCAACUCGCAUCUCGUCUGCGGCGUUUGCCAGUGCAACAAAGGAUGGUCAGGUCCGUAUUGUAACUGUUCCAUUGAGGAUGAAGCCGCAUCAGCAGCUUUGUCAGCUCAAUGUCGGGAACCCAACGUGACGCGCGCCAUUCCGUGCUCGGGCUCCGGGGAAUGUAUAUGUGGCAAAUGCGAGUGCGACCCAGGGUCCAACGGCCGCUACUGCCAAUGUAAAUCUUGUCAAAAAAGUAGAAUAAACAACGUUGAAUGCGGCGGCAUAGAGCGGGGCGUGUGCGUGUGCGGCGAGUGCGCGUGCGUGAGGGGCUGGAGCGGCGACUCCUGCGACUGCACGGACAGCACGGACACCUGCGUGGCGCCGGCCUCUGAAGAGGUUUGCUCUGGACAUGGAGAAUGUGUCUGUGGUCGAUGUCAAUGUUAUAAAGCCAACCAGGCCGGAACAGCAUAUUCGGGCGCCUUCUGCGAAACCUGUGCAACCUGUGAAAAUCCUCUGUGCGCCAACGCGGAACCCUGCAUCCUGUGCCAUUUGAACAGCAGUUGCACAGACGUCUGUACCAUAGGGAACGUCAACUAUACGGUCACCAAAAAUAUGAAUGAAGCAGCGCCAAAUAAUGACGACAUAUCUUGCAUACUGCGUCAAGAAGAAGACGGUUUGAACUGUGAAUACAGGUACACGUACAGAGCAGGUAUCAAAUCUAUGAUAGCGAUGGAAAUGGUCAUUACUGCCAAGCAAUGCACGCAGCCCACGAGCGCUCAGAUCAUGACAACCGCGCUCAUUACCAUGGCAUGUGUCAUAGCUGCUGGUCUUAUAGUCAUUUUAGGGGUUAAGUCUGCCCAAGUAGUUUCAGACAGACGGGCCUACGCCAAGUUUGUACAAGAAGCUCAAGAAAGCAGGAAGCAUAUGCAAGAGUUGAACCCACUAUACAAGUCUCCGAUUUCGGAGUUUAGGUUACCAGAGUCGUAUCCGAGAGAUCGGCACGAUAUGUAGUUUGUAACAAAUUAAUCAGAUCAAUUUGUAUGGCAAAGUAUUUCUUAGACUUUGUAAAGAGUGGAGUUAGUAAGAAACCAGUGAACGACAAAGCAUAGAAGGCGCGUUUCUAACAACUUUGCCAUUCGAAAAUAGGGGAUAUUACAAACUGAUAUCUUUUUGAAUCGUAAUUCAUCCGUAGCGAGUGUGUCAUGCGAUACUGGCCGUUGAUUAGCUGAAGUGACAGUUACGCUACUACAUCUACUAGUUACAUCGAAUUGUAGAGAACUACUAUUUAUGAAAAAUUGCCUAUAGUUUUGUAAAAUGCAGUAUCGACCUGAAAUGUUAAAUUACAAAAUUUAUUGGGUAAAUGGACUAAGAGUUUGAAUCAUUAGGCUUACCAUUGAUAAAAACCUGGCGUUGGUAAAUCAAUGGUGUUAGGUAGUAAAAUUAUCUUAGGUCCAGUUGUAUGCUAGGCUAACUGCCUGAGUUACUUUACGAUUGGGAUCGCUUUGACCCUCUUAAAAAGAAAAAUGGGUUGCACAAGUCAGGAUUCUUAUGAAUACUUACUAACUUACCUAACUUAUGAAUUGCUUAUGCAAUGGACCAAAAUUUUACCUUUAAUCUAAUCAUGGAUCUAUGAUUACUGACUCGUUAACCCACUGCUUUAUUGGUGGUCAAAGUUUAAUGCUAAUAAAUACAACUGUACCUUAGUAGAUAUAAAAUGAUGGGCAUUAUUGUACUUACCUUAUACUAUUGAAUCAAAUAUAAAUACUUAGUAUUAUUUUUAUCAUUCAAUAAAACCGUGUUUUAAGUUACCUAACGUUAUUUUUUGUUUGUGUAAAUAUUUAGAACUUCUACGUUUGUCCUACUUAUUUUUGUUAAGAUUUUAUUAGUUGUUACAAUGUAAACUAUUUAAAGUCAUUUUCUUAUUUAUCUCUAACAAAGUUAGGUAUGCACCAAGUAUACAUUACAAUCAAUAUAGUUACGCUAUAAUCUUUUUAUAGUUAUAAUAGCUUGUUUGACUUUCUGUUGGUUACAUACGAUUGCUUUCCGUUAACCCGAUUGAGUUGUAACUUUGAACAGUUGCUGUUGGCACUUGCGUGAAGGUUUCUGGUAUAAAACCAUAUGGGGCGCUCGAGUCGCAUUCAAAGAUAUUUAAUUUAAUGCUGUACUUUUCUUCUUCUUCUGUUAAUGGCGCCCAAAGUGGGACCAGUGAGACAUUGUUUUUUUUUUCUAUGCAUUUAAAUUUUACCUACUAGUCUAAGACAUCUGGAUGUAGUGUAUAUUGGGGUACUUGUCCACUAGUCCAAAUUCCGAAUCAAAUCCAAUGAAAUACAAAUCUAGAAAUCGGAUGUCAGGUCAAGCUAUCAGGCACCUGAAAUAACCAGAGAAAUUACGGCUGUUUAGUUAAGAUGGCAAAGAGAUUAAAAAUAUUUUACUAUUUUGUACUACGACUUAAUACUUUCUGUUUAAUAAAGAGCGAGUGAUUGUGCAUUACAAAUUAAUUCUGUAAAUAAAAUUAUUGUAAAUGUGCAUUUGUUUGUUAAACAUUUUAGUAUAAUGCCUAAUAUUAAGUUUCAUUAAUUUUAUCGCUUUAAUUUAAUGGAUGUUUGUAUUAAAUAAAAAUCGUGACAUGAUUUUGCAAAGUACGUUUAUUUCGUUGAAUUAUUUUAAUCUCAAUUUCCCGAAUAUUUUCUAACCUUUAAAUACAAAAGUUUCCUUUAACUAAGUCUACAAUUAUAAAAGUUUACAGAAAUCGGUAAGUAUAAAAUCUUUAGGUAGGUACUUAUUUAGUAAGUAAUAUUUUUUAUCUUGACGUAGAGCAACUAAAAUUAGUUAAAAUGUUACCUACUUAUAGAAUAAUCUGUUGAAGACAUUCAGACUUUAGAAUACUACUGAGUUAGUAUAGAUAAAGUACAAAAAAAACUCAUCAUAUUAAUCUACAUACCUACCUAAAGAUCCUUAAAUACAGUAAAUACAGGUUAAUCGGCAAAUAAAUUGAACAAUUAUAAUUAUUAGGUAUUAUUAUAUUGAACUAUAGAAGUAAGUAUUCAUCGAAUAAUUGAAUAAGUUUAUACUUACUACUGGAAUUUGUUACUUAAGUAACAAAUCAAUGAAAUUAUCAAGUUAGAGCAUCAUUGCAUAGAGAUUGGUGUAUUAAUACCGGUAUAAGUAGUGUUACUUUUAUCGGUAUUUAGGGUACUCAUAUAAUGUUAAUGGAUGUGGGGAUAGUAUGUAACGCUACUUUGGUAACGCUACGAAAAAAAUACCGGUAAAUCAGUAUAUGAAAGUAUGUAUUUAAUAUAUUUUUAUUCUUUAGAAAUCAAGUUAUUUGCCGAUUCACACAAUUUUCAAUUUAUUUUAUCACAAUCACUUCGUGAUCAAUCGCCUUUCACCACUUUCCAUAAAAUGGAAGACUAAAAUAGUACCUAUCUACUUACAUAUUUCCACAAACGAUUUUAUCAUUUUAACUACAGUAAGAUAGUAAAUGGUGAUGUAAUUUUUAUAUGUACAAAACAAAACCUAUAAAACCUUGUAAUUGAGCAAACCUACUACGGUCGAUUCAAGGCAUACCUAAACAAUAAUACAACGAGGUAUUUAUCGACAUUUAGGAUAUACUGAAACCUUUUAAUAAACCGCUGUUAUUUUUAUCUAUCACAAUAAUCUUAUAAAUUAAAAAAAAAAAACACCCUAUCAUGAACGGAAAGUACAGCAUAGACAUUGUACUUUUUUUUAAGUAUCUAAUGUUAUUAUUUGUGACUCUAAAAGUACAUAGAUAAUAUUAUUAAAGAUAUCUACACAGACAACUUAAAUCACACAAGAUGUUUGUGACACGUUAUUUUGACUAAGUAAUAUGGUGUCAUUUAUUAAAUAUCAAAAAAUAUUAUCACUUUAAUAUCAAUAAGUACAAAAUUGUAGAGAAAAUUUCAUAUCUUAGCUAGGUGGAAGAAGAGUGUAGGUGUUGGACAACAGGACAACUAAAAUGCGGCGGUGUAUAAAUAGUAAACGUGUAGUUUUAUAUACACCAUUGACUUUUAAUUAUCAUUAAAAAGCAGAUCUUUUUUUCUGAAUUUGAUACUUAACACGUUACAAAAUUUAAAUGGAGUGUCCAAGAUAUCCAUAAAAAAUAGCAAGCAAUAUAAUUGAUCAAAAUAUUGUUAGCGUACAUGGAACGCGCGGGGAUGACAUAACGUUUCGUUAUUCGUAACGCGAUAGGCAAGUAUAGGUACCUAUUAGUGUGUCCACACAUUUAUAGUAUCUACUUGCAUAAUUUUAAAAACAAAACAAAAUUCAAUAAAUUCAA